GCCGCCCCAGACAGAGGCAGGAAAUCUCUGGUGUGUGAGUAAGAGAGAGAGAGAGAGAGAGGGAGAGAGAGAGCGAGAUCUGCCUGUUCUGGGACGUGUUGCUCUUCUCUCUGCUCAGACUCGUUCGUGAUCCACCUCCGACUCUCCCUGUAAGCAUGCUCCCUUUCCACGCCGCCGACGGUCAGUUCGGCCCAGAGGUCCGGCAGCUGGGCCUGAAGGUGUGGCGGGUGGAGAAGAUGAAGGCCGUGCUGCUGGACGAUUCGGAGGUCGGCGCUUUCUACAACGGAGACUCCUAUCUGGUGCUGCAGAACCGCGGCGAGCAGGGGGCCGACCUCCACAUGUGGAUAGGCGAGAAGUCGUCCGGGGACGAGCAGAUGGCGUGCGCCGUGCUCGCCAUCCAGCUGGACAACUUCCUGGGCGGCGACCCCGUCCAGCACCGGCAGGUUCAAGGCUACGAAUCCCCCGAAUUCAUGAUCCUCUUCCCCAGAGGAGUGAGCUACAAGGAAGGCGGCGUGGAGUCGGGCUUCAGGAGGCCUCAGGGCUCCGGAACGGUGCACAGGUUGUACCAGAUCAAGGGAAAACGCAACAUCCGUGCCAAGGAGGUGGAGCUGUCCUGGAGCAGCUUCAACAAGGGCGACUGCUUCAUCCUGGACCUCGGAGAGACCAUCGUGUCGUGGAUCGGAUCGCAGGCCAACAUCUUCGAGAAGCAGAAAGUGCGCGAGAUCGCCUCGCUGAUCCGCGACACCGACCGUCACGGCAAGGCUCGCAUCGUGGACUCCACCGAGGGCGAGGAGCCGGAGGAGAUGCUCCAGGUUUUGGGUACGAUGCCGGCGCUGGCGGAGAGCACGCCGGAAGAGGACAGCAAAGCCGACGCGUCAAACUCUGCCUCCCUCUAUAAGGUGUCGGACGCCACGGGGUCCAUGACCAUGACCAAGGUGUCCGAGAAGAGCCCCUUCGCCAAGGAGCUGCUGCUCCGCGACGACUGCUUCAUCCUGGACAACGGCGCCAACGGAAAGAUCUUCGUGUGGAAGGGUAACGGAGCGAACGCCGAGGAGAAGCGGGUGGCGCUGCAGAUGGCCGACAGCUUCAUCGAGCAGAUGAACUACCCCAGGAUGAAAACACAGGUGGAGAUCCUGCCUCAGGGGAAGGAGACCAUCAUCUUCAAGCAAUUCUUCAAAAACUGGAACUGAACAUCUCACUGGAGCUAAAGAUGCACAUCCUGACCCAGAAUAACAUAAAAAAAAAUACACUUUUUUAAAAAUUCUGUUACUAGUAUGUACAUAUUUGUAAGAUACUGUGCCGGCCGUGCGUGCUGAAUCAGAUAUCUGAUGCCACUUUUAUAUGUUCUGGAAACAUUUCAAGAUUUAAGAAAAAACCUUGAAUAAAUGGAUUUGAUUUUUCUUUUCUGUUUUUUACAUUUGUUCAAUAGCGUC